CGCUGCGCUGCCUGGGCCAGCGCCGUUUCCAGUUGAGAGAUGGCGGCCGCCGCAGGUAGAUCGCUCCUGCUGCUGCUCUGCUCCCGGGGCGGCGGCGGGGGCGCCGGCGGCUGCGGGGCGCUGACUGCCGGCUGCUUUCCCGGGCUGGCCGUCGGCCGCCACCGGCAGCACCAGCAGCACCGGACGGCACACCAGAGGCCAGCUUCCUGGCAGAGCGUGGGGGCUGCUUAUUGCAGUACGGUUGUGCCCUCUGAUGAUGUGACGGUGGUCUAUCAAAAUGGCUUACCCGUGAUAUCUGUGAGGCUGCCAUCUCGGCGUGAACGCUGCCAAUUCACACUCAAACCUAUCUCUGACUCUGUGGGUGUGUUUUUACGGCAACUGCAAGAGGAGGACCGGGGAAUCGACAGAGUUGCAAUCUAUUCACCAGAUGGCGUUCGAGUGGCUGCCUCCACGGGAAUAGACCUUCUCCUCCUCGAUGACUUUAAGCUCGUCAUUAACGACUUAACAUACCAUGUACGGCCACCAAAGAGAGACCUCCUAAGCCAUGAAAACGCAGCAACCCUGAAUGAUGUAAAGACCCUGGUCCAGCAGCUCUACACCACGCUGUGCAUCGAGCAGCAUCAGCUCAACAAGGAGCGGGAGCUCGUGGAGAGGUUAGAGAACCUCAAGCAGCAGCUGGCCCCCCUGGAGAAGGUACGAAUUGAGAUUAGCAGGAAAGCUGAGAAGAGGACAACUCUGGUGCUAUGGGGUGGCCUUGCCUACAUGGCCACACAGUUCGGCAUUUUGGCCCGGCUUACCUGGUGGGAAUAUUCCUGGGACAUCAUGGAGCCGGUCACCUAUUUCAUCACAUAUGGAAGUGCCAUGGCCAUGUAUGCAUAUUUCGUGAUGACACGCCAGGAAUAUGUUUAUCCAGAAGCCAGAGACAGACAAUACUUAUUAUUUUUCCAUAAAGGAGCCAAAAAGUCACGUUUCGAUCUAGAGAAAUACAAUGAACUCAAGGAUGCAAUUGCUCAGGCAGAAAUGGACCUUAAGAGACUGAGAGACCCGCUGCAAAUACAUCUGCCCCUCAGACAGAUCGGAGAAAAGGACUGAUCUGCGUAGAGCGUGAAUCCCAGCAGAGAGAGCCCCUGUUUAUAACUCAUGCCUUUUUAAUCAAAGCAUUGCAAGUGGAAGCAGGGGGGCCAUGUGGGGGAGAGGGUUUUUACCUUUAAUUCUAAAACAAAACACAAAAAGGAUCAUAGGGAAGAAAGGGAUGUUAAAUUCUGAGGAUCAGGCAUCGUGGAGUAAGUAUACCUGCAAAGGGCUUAGUGAAUCUUGUCUUAAGCAUCUUCAUUUCCAAAAGAGAACGACGCAGUGACAGCUGAGAGAAUGAAGCCAGGGUAAUUCUGGGGUGUUCGUCUCUUGCAUCUUUGCAAGGUCUGCAAAACACUAACACACCAGCACCCCACUCAGAUCUAGUUUUGUUUUUUGCUUUUUUUUUAUUUAAAGUUUCUUAUUUUUGACAUAGGAAUAAAUAUAUAAGAAAGCAAAUCUUUAUAAAUUGUGGUUGGCAGAGUCUGAGCCAGUGAGAUUAACCUUCAUCUUAAGCUGAACCCAGUCUCUGUGAAGUUACCAGGAAUCUCUCCAUCCUGGGUCCCUUUUCUGACCAGCUACUCACUUAUGUAUACCCGCUGACUACACUACUUUUAUCCAAAUAAUCAUUGGAGUCAACUUAUGACUGUUUGAAGAUUGACAGUUGGAUUAUCUCUUCAUGAAUUCUCAUGUCUAUCUCCCAGGGCUCUGACUUGCUCGCUGUCUAGAAAUCACUGGCAACACUGCAUGAGGUUUUAAUUGUAUUUUGUUUUAUUUUUUUACUAAUUAGUCUUCAGAGAAGGAAAAGAUCCCAGUCCCAUUGAUAACCCCCACUUCUUCCACAUCACAGGCCAGAGGGCCAGUGUUCAUCUGUGUUACCAAAUGAGGACGGUGUAAGGUUUACAGAUCAGCUAAAAAUCAUGGCUCCACAGCUGAUUCGGGACCGGGAUAACCGUGGUUAGGCUAAGACACACACUUCCUCACCAUUGUGAGCCCUCCCGACUCUACCACUCCAGUUGCUGUAAAUGGAUGGCGGAUCUCAAAGGGUGCAGUUAUCUUUAUACACAAACACCUUUCUAUGGCUUUUCUUUAGCCUCCUUCUCCACCGUGUGUGUGUGUGUGUGUGUGUGUGUGUGUGUGUGUGUGUGUGUGUGUGUGGUUUAUUUUUUUUUAAUCUUGAAUUGAGAGACAGAAGAAUUAAUCUUAUACUCUAUCAGAAUGUUUUCUACUAUAUUUCCAGAUGGCACCUGCACUCAAAAACGUCUAAGAAAUCUCUAUCUACUGUUGUGUUUUUAACUGUUUCGGGGGCAGGACGGCAGAAUGAUGGGGCUUUUUCACACAGCUGAUUGACUCUUGGCUUUUUCUUUUCCCUUCACGUGAUUCAUCCCUCCUUGUGGGGUGAGGGGUUCCUUUUUCCUCCUCCUUUUGGGGUCAUUGUGUAUGAAAGAAAACCUUCAAACGACAAACCCAGACUCCAGGUGCCUUGCAGAGGUUGAAGGCCAGCCGGGACUGCCGCUUCUGCCGCCACCCUUCACUGGCAUGACAGAGAGAGAGGAUGCAUGUCUCAGUCCCCAGCCUCACUUCCUUCCUGCUGUCCACCCUCUCCCGUCUCUUCUUGUUGUGUGGGCUAUUUUUAAUCCAUUCAUCCUGUCUGUGUGCAGGGUUCUUCAGAAGGAAAGACACAGUGCAAUGAGUGAAUCCUCUGGGUGGUGUGGGAGGCAGGGGGGGUGAGCAAAAUGUUGAACACAUGUACAAUCCUGUAUCAUUUAUGAAAUAUGUAUAAAAAGCAAUGUACCUUCUGGAACAAUAAAUACUUAUUCGAUUUUUGAA